CCCGAGGAGGCUGAGGCUGUAACAUCGGUCUUUUGGGACAUCAAUUUGUUUCCGCUUCCCCCUGGCUUUCAUGCUCGUCUGGUCGUCCCUCCAUCAAUCGCUUGUUGGAAUCUCAUGGCUACUCUGCUCCUCCCACCAUCUACGCCGUUGGCUUAUUAACAAACGUCCAUGACGGCAUCCUUCAAGCUCUCUCUUCCACUGGAAUCACUCUUUAUUAUGCCCCACACGGUUAAUUUAUAUCUUCUCACCUUUUAUGCCUUGAUGAAUGCACAGUCUCUCAAGUCUUUAGUUUCUUCUGAAACAGGUUCCACUGACAUCAAGUAACUUAUGUCUCGGUGGAUUUCUACGAAUCCACCCCCGGCUAAUAUUUUGGGCAUAUGCCAUCCGAGAGGCUUCCCUCUACCUCCGAGUGGAUACAACAUUUUCCGGCCCUUUUCCUAUACUUCUCCUAAACAAGACUCCGUCCUCUGGGGAAGCUCUCUUCUGGCAGCAGAUUCAGGGGCGGCUCUUGAAGAGGAUAGGGGUGAAUCUGCCAGCUGGUAUUGCUUAAUAUGCAAUCAUAUUGGUGGCCAAGGCUUCAAAAGUUUCACCAGUCAUCUCUCUAGUCGAAGCCAUACAGAAAAUCGUUCACAUCAGGGAAAGUCUUCUAAGAAACGGAGGACGUGAACAAGAAGAGAGAAGGAGAAAAAGAGUACUUGGUCCAUGGUGGUGUUCUUCUCUUGUUGGUGAUUGGUUUGUUCUACUUCUAGCGGCAAAAACUCCACUUAGUUUUGGCAUGUGCUUUGGAACAUAUCAAAGAAUUAUACCUUUUUACGGCCGGCGGUUCUUGACAAUAUCUCUCUCCCAUUAACUUGAACUUCUGUGGGCUAGAUAAAGACACA